CUUCCAUCCUCUCACUCUUAAUCAUUCACUUACAAUUUCACUUGCAAAUUACAACUUUCUGGCAUCAAAAUGGCUACAUUUUCCAGCAAGUUUUCCAUUGCUUUUCUUCUUCUCAUUUUAUCAGUUGUAGUGAUGAUACCUCAAGGAAACACACAGGAAAUGUGUCAUUCCAUUGUACCAGACGCUGGUGAUACUUGUGAUGAAGCUACAUGUGAAAAGAACUGUACUGGUUCACAACCUAAAGGCUCCGGAACAUGCAUCCAAACUAGUGCCACUCAGUAUGCCUGUUUCUGUACCUAUGUCUGCUCAGAUGGUAAAGGUCCAAGCGCUGCUCCAACGGCUUCACAGACAAAGUCACCGCCUGCACCAGCUCCAAAGAAAGCAAACUCAACCGCUUCACCGACUAAGUCACCUGCAGUUGCACCGGCACCAAGGAAAACUAUGCUUGCUCCUCCGGCUAAGUCACCUUCUGCUUCUCAAUCUCCUGACUCUGAUUCUCAAUCUCCAGACUCUGAUUCUCAAUCUCCCGACUCUGAUUCUCAAUCUCCCGACUCUGCAACUCCAGCUUCUUCUCCGACUGAAACGACACCAGUUUCAGGUCCGGCUCCUGACAGUGACACCACUACAAUGUCUCCAACUAGCUCGCCGCCAAAUCCUAUGGGUCCUAGCUCCUCGCCUCCCUCAGUGGAUGCAACUUCUACUUCUGCUUCUGAUGAUGCUCCAGCUCCAGGCCCAGACGCCGAAGCUAGUGCUGCGUUGAACAAUAACGGUGUCACUUCGGCUGUGGUUGGAGUGGCUUGUGUCUGGUCAUUCUUCCUAUUUUGAGUUUUUUUUUUUUAGUUUUUUUUAGCUGGUUGAUGGAAAUUAUUAUUUUAUUCCGAUCAAUAAUGAAAUAAUAAUUUUUUAUUCAAUUGA